AUGGCCAGCAUCCCUGUACCAGCAUCCCUGUACCAGACUCCCUGUACCAGACUCCCUGUACCAGACUCCCUGUACCAGACUCGCUGUACCAGACUCCCUGUACCAGACUCCCUGUACCAGACUCCCUGUACCAGACUCCCUGUACCAGACUGCCUGUACCAGAAUCCCUGUACCAGACUCCUUGUACCAGACUCCCUGUACCAGACUCCCUGUACCAGCAUCCCUGUACCAGCAUCCCUAUGCCAGCAUCCCUGUACCAGCAUCCCUGUACCAGCAUCCCUGUACCAGCAUCCCUAUGCCAGCAUCCCUGUACCAGACUCCCUGUACCAGCAUCCCUGUACCAGCAUCCCUGUACCAGACUCCCUGUGCCAGGCUCCCUGUACCAGACUCCAUGUGCCAGCAUCCCUGUACCAGACUCCCUGUACCAGCAUCCCUGUACCAUGCUACCUGUACCAGACUCCCUGUACCAGACUCCCUGUGCCAGCAUCCCUGUACCAGGCUCCCUGUACCAGGCUCCCUGUACCAGGCUCCCUGUACCAUACUCCCUGUACCAGACUCCCUGUACCAGACUCCCUGUACCAGACUCCCUGUACCAGACUCAUUGUACCAGACUCCCUGUACCAGACUCCCUGUACCAGACUCAUUGUACCAGACUCCCUGUACCAGACUCAUUGUACCAGACUCCCUGUACCAGACUCAUUGUACCAGACUCCCUGUACCAGACUCAUUGUACCAGACUCCCUGUACCAGACUCAUUGUACCAGACUCCCUGUACCAGACUCAUUGUACCAGACUCCCUGCACCGCCAGCUAUGAUACUAGCGGCCCCUAG